AUGUUCAAGGCUCUCAUUGGCGGGAACCGCUCCUCCUCCGACGUGCGCAGCAACUCGAGCUCUAAGAGCAAGAGCCGUCGCAGGACCGACUCCAAGGGUUCGACAGUGAGCCGCAAGUCAUCACGGGGUGACGACCGUGACCGUGGCUUGGGCGACCUGUCCGCAUAUCCAUCUUCGAGUAGCCGGAGUCGGCGCAAGGCAUCGAGUGUGGCCGGAGAAUCCGUCGCCUCGAGCUAUGCGACGGCCGAACCGGGUGUGUCGGGCGACCCCGAUCCCCUUCUUAUCGAACGAACCCCUAGACGCCGCGAUUACGAAGAUUCCGACCGCCGCGAUCGAUACCGCGAUGAUUACGAUGAAGUGGAGGAUGGCUCCUGCAGGCGCAAUCGGGCGCGCUCACCCAGCCGAGAGCGUGAACGCCCUAGGUCAAGCCGAUACAGCGAAGGAAAUGACGACCAUGACGAUAGUAACGAUGAUUACGAUAAUAGGCGGCGCGAUCGUCGCCGAACUCGGUCGGGCGAUGCGUAUUAUCCGCCUGUCUCGGGUGCACCUGAUAUGGCAUCUCCUCACCUGCCUCAAUUUCCGCCGCAAUUCCACAGUGUGAGUCCGGAAAGCCCGUUGCUGGCCUUCCCCAAUGCGCCCGGAAACUAUGAUCCUCAUGUCCAACAACAAUUCCCCGGCCAGUUUCCGGCGUACGUGCCAGCGCCUUACAGCCCGCAGAAUCCCGCAGGCGAAGCAGCAGACUACUAUGGUGACCAAGGUCAAUCGGUCGCGUACCAGCCCGGUGUGCGGCCCAAACCUCCACUGGUCGCCUCUCAUGACCAGGCGCAUUUGAUGACCGCGUCGCCAACCGCCAAUCCACCGCCGGAACCGAGUAGUAUGGGACAAAUCGGCGCUGCCGCUGGCUAUUAUACUGACGAUGUUCCCGAUACUCCCGUCACUGAACAGCCCAGCGGUUCAUCUGCCCCAGCACCCAAGCCGCACCGACCGUCUAAACCAUCUAUACAUACUUCCGGGCCUGCAGCUGCCGCCGCUACGUAUGGAGUAGGAGAUGUACUGCAUGACAGCAGUGCGUCUUCAUCGCCUGUCCACGUUGAAUCGCCAACCUCAAUUCAUGACCCGCCGGCUGCUGGUAAUACUCACAAGCCCCCGCAAUCCCAUGGCAUGGGUGUUUCGUUCGGUGCAGCCGCAGCGGGUGCAGCGGCCGGUUACGCGAUGGCUUCCCAUCAUCACUCGUCAAAUGCCGACCACACCUCCCAAUAUACCAUGCAAAAUUAUGAAGAGAUCUCCCCAAAUCUCACGGGGCAGCUCGGUCCGUCGAUCUACCCGCCCUAUUCGAAUGCACCCGCAUAUGCUGCUGGUGGCGGUGCACUAGCUGGGUACGCUACUGAUCCCUCGCAUCCUCAUCAUGCUGCGAUCUACCAUAGCCCUCCACUGCAAGGCGGAGAGCUGGCUCUUCAACGGCCUCAGCGCGGUCCCAUGGAUAAGUUUAUCGAUUUUUGGCGUGACCCCGAAGGCGUGGGGAUGUUCGAAGACUACACAGAGGCAAUCGGAGUCUGUAAAUAUUGUUUUGAACCCGGUACAACCUCGCGUGACGCACCUCGAAAGCACAAUCACAAAGCACGUCGCAAUUCCGGAGAUCGAUACAGCAACGGGUCUCGGAUUGAUAAACUGAUUCGCUAUGGGUCUUCCGAGGACGAGGGCCGACGACGCAAGAAAUCUUCAAGAAACUCCUGGCUGCCUGGAGUGCUUGCGGGCUACGGAGUCAAGUCGCUCUUCAACAACAAGGAUUUUGAUGAUACCUAUAGCGUUCGAUCUGGCCGCGUAGUCUCGUCGCAUGAGACUGAGAGCGUUUCAACCGCACGCAAGAGUCAGACCUCACGAGGGGUUUAUAGGCGCUCGUCUCGGAGUCGCUCUGGAGAUCGCUCUCACCGCAGCUAUCAUGCGGACUCGAAAGUUGGUAAAGGGGAGAUGCUUCGAAUCAGGUCUCGCUCUCGUUCUCGCUCUUCAUCGCGAACCCAAAGUCACUCUGCUCUCAGGGACGCUGCUCUAGGUGCUGCAGUAGGCACGGCAGCCGUGUCAGUAGUGAAGUCUCGCCACCGAAGCAGCAGCCGAAGUCGGUCACCGCGUAAAGCGCGCAGCAGAACCUCUUCUUCAUCCGACUCCUCCGUUCUAAAUAUCUCGGGGGCGCCUGAAAAACCCGCGGGAAGUGGUAUUGGUUCAUUCUUUUCUGCGUCUUCAGAAAACCGCAAGAAGCGUCGUACGAAAAAGCAAGGGAGCAUUUUCUCUUUCAAAAAUAAUUCCUCUUCCUCUUUGGAUAAUGAUCUGGCUUUUGGAAACGGGUACUCGAAAUUGCCGCCUGGAAAAUUGAAGAAAAAGAACCGCAAGAAGGAUAAAAAGGACCUUGAAGCGAGACUUCUGGGAAUGGGUGCAGUUGCAACUGCCCUCGUGGCAGCUCGUAAACACCGCCGACCAGGUGAAAUCCUCGCCGGCAAAGAUUCUCGAUCAGGUCGCUCGGACUAUACCUCUUCUGCUUCCAAUGAUGAGGGAUGGGAGGACCUAGACUCGGGUGACCAGUCUCCCGCAAGUGUCAGUUCGGGACUCGCUUUUGGUGGAGAUGACUCCCAUUCGUCAGAUUCUGGGAAGUCUAUCUGGGGCUGGAGGUGGGGAAGUAAGAAGGACAAGAAGAAGGCGAAGAAGAGGUCUGAUUCGAAAGACGACCAACUGCCAAGUGCUGCUGCCCUGGGCGCCGGUGCUCUGGGAACAGCCGCACUUGCUUCGGCCUACUCCAGGGGCGGUAGAAAGACCAGCCAGGAUGCCAUUAGCAGUACUGGGAGUCUUCAGCAUGUGGCUCCAGUCCCCACCAGCGACCCGUCCCGGUUUGAUGCCAUCAGGGUAUCGUCGAACCCCCCUGCCCAGCCAACUUUUGUGCGCCCGGGGCCUAUACCUCUUCAACAACCCCAGCCUGUGACACCAGUCUCUCAAGCGGUAUACACCUCGCAAGGCGAGCCGAUUCAUGCGUACAGUGCACCCGCGACCGGAGAUCCAGCAUUCGCAGGGGCACCUUUUGCUCCAUAUGAACAGCAACCGUCCGAAACAUUCAAAAAAGGACCGUGGAGUCAAAAGGGCCCACCGUAUCCCGAUGUUAGAGAUGAGCCUAUCAUUAGACCGCCUCGACGAAGUGACUCUUCUCCCGUGUUUCCUACAGAGUCCCUAGAAGGGUCUCAAAUUUCCGCCCUGAAGCGUCGAUCUACUACUAAAGACCAGGCGUCGGUCUCAUUUGACCUGACACAGGAACAGGAGGACAAAGAACGACGUGCGGACCGGCUCGAUAGGUUGAGACGCAAUGCUGACUAUGAUGGAGGCGUUCAACUUAUUGACCGAGAAAGUGAAACGGGUUCGUGGGAUCCUGAUCGCCGUUCUAAACGCAAUAAACAACGGGAUUCCGAAUCAGCCCGGGACGAUGGCUACGAGGACGACCGAAGGGACUAUGAGCGGGAUCCUCGAAAGAGCUCUGAUUCCUCGUCAUGGAUCGGCCCAGCAGCAGUAGGUGCCGUAGGUGCCGCGGCGGCGGCAUCGGCGCUUUCCAGCAGAGCUUCCCAGGACGAUUCCUCAGAGACGAGUCGACGCAGUGAGGAACGCCGAGAGAAGCGUCGAGCACAAAGACGCGGCGCGUCUGAACCCGGCUCGACUGUUUCAAGUGCACCUAUGUCUGACGUUGCUGAUGAGCGCUCGUUCUCGCCACAUGAGGCAGAGCAUAUCAAAACUUCCGCAUUCCGUGAUGUGUAUCGCAAAAAGUCGGUCCACGAUGAUUAUGCGCAGUUCUUCGCCCCCGAAGUGCAACGCUAUAGUCCUGACACCUAUCAUCGCCGCGAGCCUACUUCGAUGCCUACGAUCAUAGAAGUAGAGCCGACUAACCAGCGCGUCCGCACAUUGAGCGAAGGUCCGCAUCCAGAAUAUGACAAUCUGCCUUGGCCGGUACCGACUCUCAAACUCAUUGAACCCACACCACCGCAAAGCUUGAGCGGAUCGGUUAGAGAUCUCGCGUCGCCGGUCAUGUCAACUCCUGAGAUAAUCGAGGCAGAAAGUCCACCAGAGCGGCCGACAACAGGCUCAAGGGUCUCUUGGGGCGAGCAUGAGAUGCACGAGUACGAAGUUCCAUCUACGUCUUCCGAUCACGAAUCUAUCAAUCAUGAUCUUCCAAGCCGAAGUAGAUCGAGUAGGAAAGACGAUCUCGCUGAUGAGGAACUCAGUCGAGAUAUUAGAGACGCCUCGCCUAAGAAUUCAUCUAUUAACGUCGAAGGUGACAUCGAUUUUGCCGCAACGGUGGCUGCAGCCACUGCAGCUACGGGCUUUGAUCCUUCACUCGUGACGGAUGAUCCAACCUACCACACGCGGUCGUCACCCCCUGGAUCCGGGGUCCAAUUCGUUUCGCCUUGGACUCGGGUGCCUGUUGAUUCCAGAGAGCCGCAUAGGUUUGCCGAAGGCGAAGUCGAGACAUCGGAUGAUAGGCCAAAGAAUGGGGCACCACCAAGACAGUUCAUGGACAAUGAACCGCUUUUCUCAGAGCCUGAGCCCGUCACUCGGGAAAAGGAUAUGACCCACGAGAACAGACCCCGGUCGUCCAUUGCACAAGAGGUCAUUGAGCAACUGGGUGGACACCGCGAUGACCGUCGCAGAUCCCGAUCCCAAUCUCCCCCAGACGAGGCCCUUUCCAUGCCAGGUGGAUUCGGCCAAGAGGACUCACCCACUAGGCGCCCGCGAGAUAUGCCCAAGGAUGGAUCCCAAUCGCUCGUUUCGGCAUCCACACCUGCGGAUUUUGAAACUCCGACAAAAUCACGAUCCCGGUCUAGUACCGACGAUUUGAAGCUGCAGGAAGAUGACACUGCAUCUUUAGCCGAAACUGGCUCUGAAGGGAAAAAGAAACGGCGCAAGAGACGCUCCAAGCGAGACACUGACGACUUUGAAAAUUCUGCUUCUGUGACAUCCUCGCCGGCCAGGAUUGGAGAGAGCCGUGACAAAUCCAGAAGCACAUAUGAGAAGACGGAAAAGAAGCCGGGCAGCUUUUUAAGCAGUAUCUUCGGCUCUAAAGUCUCUGAGCCAGUAGACAGCAAGAGGUCCUCUUCUACAGAUAGACGCACGUCUCGCGAAGUCCAAUCGGAUAUCGGAACCCGGUCACCGGAGGGGUCGAGACAUCGGCGGAAGGAGAGGUCUUCUAGCCGUCGCAGCUCUAGCCGUGCUGAUACAUUAGAGGGCGACUCUUCUGAUGAGGACAGUACGGUUGCGGAAAAGGAAAAUAUCAACGUCGAAGGCUACAAGUCGAGCAGACAGCGAAGGGAAGAACGCCGGCGGCAAAGACACGAGGGCAUUCUAGAAUCUGGUAAAGGAAGGGGAGAUGAGAAGGCCCGAGAUUCAUCUGAAGACAACGAUGAAGAAACCAGAGGACUGGGGCUAGAUCUUCUAGAGCAGCGGCCGAGAAGCCGUUCAGAAUCGCUUCCUCUAUUAGCGAAGACCUUCGACCUGGAACCCAAAUCGCAGAGUAGACCAACAUCUCCUGAAUUGGCCCAAAGACAGGGUGAGAACGGAGAUUUCUUUGCAUCGCAAUCGGUCGUGUCGCGCUCGAAUGACUCGCCGACUGCAGUGCCUCUGCAUUUCCGCCGGCCCCCAACCUCACCGGGUCUCCAGCGUUCACCAUCUGCCAAUUUCCCGAUAGCCCCGUCUCCUGGGUCUCCAACUCAGACCCGUCCGCGCCGGCCCAACUCAACCGAAUUCCGAACCUCGCGCGAGAUCCGCCCCUUGUGGCUCGUGGAGCGCCAUGGUUCCAGCAAAGUAGAACUACAGCCCGAUGAGCCCUUGCCCUCGCUCCCAUCCAGCAAGAGCUCGUCCGCGAACGCAUCGGUCGAGGACCUGACUGCUCUGUCAGAUGAGAAGAGCUGGGAGAUGCUUGACUACAGUCAUUAUGUCCACGGCAUGCCUCAGGCGCGAGGCAUCGAUCAGACGACCCCUGCCACGCACCCUGAGGAGAACAACAUCUACCACGAUUUCCUUGGUUCUCAGGAAGGGACACCCACCGCGGCAACUUUCGGCCAAACCAGUGCUCCCUCCUCGGCCAAGAAGAGCAAGCCCAAGUACGAAUUCCACUCUCCGUCGGAACUCCUCCAAGAUCCUAGUGUGUAUGGCGAAUUGCCGUCAUCCCCAACGAUGGGAUCGCUGCCUUCGGCCGAAGGCUCUGCGGUUGGGAUGAAGAAGGAAGAUGACAAUCGACCUUCGACUCCGGAGAACAAAUCUGUCGAUAUUUCGGAAACAGCAGAGUCGACGCCCACUCAACGCAAGACUGCUCCGCUGGCGGAGCCUAAGGAGUCGUCAAAAGGAAUGGGCAUCGCUGGCGCUGUGGGUGCUGUAGUCGCGGCAGCAGUUGGCUUAGAUAGACAUGCACCAUCUGGUCUAUCAGAUAAGAAUGAGGAAGGGAUGGCGGCAAGAACGGAUAAAUCGAUGUCGAACGGUGAAGAUACCCCUAUUUCGCGUGAUCUUCCGCCAGGCUCGUUCCAAUCAGACAAGGACAUUGAAGCGCCUCAGUCUGCAUUGAGUGCUCAAGACGAACCGAAGGCACUUGUUGACCCCGCCGACUCCCCUGUAGCAGGACCUGCCGAUGAAAAGCGUGAAAUUGCCGAUGAAUUUACGGCAGCUGAGCCGGCUAGAGAGUCAAGUGCCGUUCCAGAUAAAGUGAAAGACGCUUCUCGGGACCCUUUCCUGGAUGAGUCCGAUGUCCUUGGAGCUUCACCUACCGAACAGACCGCUGAAGCGGUGCCUGAAGCUACGCCUCAAGAAAGCGAAACUGUUCAGACAAAAACGGAAGAUCUAACCGCUGAAUCUACCGAACCGGUCUUGUCGAAGAAGCAGAAGAAGAAAGACCGAAAGAAAAAGAAGGCGGCGUCCAGUGAAUUCGAACGGGUCCUGCCUGCCGAGGAACCAACGCCCGUGGAAACCCCUUCUGCUUUAGAUGAACCCGAGAAACCUGAGGCCACCGAGAAGCCAGAAGAGCCACUUCCUCAAGAGCCCGCACCGGAAACCGUUCCUGAUGACCUUGAAGCCACUCGUUCGUUAGAGCCUGAAGUACCACCGGUUGCGGAGGCUGAAGAGACACCUGCCAAGAUUGUCGAUACCGCAGUGGCUUCUAAGAAGCUAAAGCGUGACAAGAAGAAGAAAAAGAAGAACAUUGGCUCUAUUGCGGAGGAGAUUCCUGAGGAACCAACUACCGUUGAAUCUACACAGCCUUCCGCCGAGACCCCGACGGAUGAAAACGGCUUCAAAUCGGCCGAGGAGGGCACGGAGCAAAAGGUGGAGUCGCAAGUCCAAGAAAUCUUUGAAGACUCUCGGGAAUAUCUUUCUCCUACGACUCGGGGGCCAGAGGAAAUUACUCCAGAAGUCACUGAAAGCGUCGAGCAUGAGACUUCCAUCCUAUCCGAACAGCGUUCUCUAGAAGCAACGGAGACUAAAGAAGAUAAGGGGCUGUUAGAAACCCCAGAGCAGCCACAGGAUCUGACGACUGAGCCUACCGUCACUCAAGAGGAAUUUCCAGAAUCCACUCAAAUCACUGGAGAGACCAACGCUGCAGAUGACUCAACUGCGCAGCAGAGUAAAACGCUCUCUCGUCAGGAUGAGACGGUUGAGACAGUUCCCAUCACCGAUGUUCCAGAGGCAGUCUCUGCGCAGGGCGAUUCGACUGCACCAGAUCUAAUGGACGAGGGGAAAGCAGAGAAGCUCGAGAAGGAAACGGAAACCCCUACCGACCAGGCAGCAGGGCCAGUAAUAGUCAAUUUGCAGACUCAGGAUAUGGAACCAAGUACUGUUGUUGAAGAUGACCUGGCGCGCAAAGACCAAGAAGACGCCAACGACAAGGGCGCCGCGGAGCCACUCGAAGAGGUCGGAACCGCAGCUGCGCCUUCAGAACCUGUACUCGAGGGAGCUUCCGAGCCUGCAGUUCCCCGUGAUGGUGAAAUUGACGUGAAGGGACCAGAACAUACUCAGCCGCAAAACGAGGAAACUUCUCAGGAUCUAACAAAAUCCGAGGGGCCAAUUUCUGAGGUCCCUGCCUCAAUAAUGGACUCUCAAGGAGAUGACUCGCACGAGCCUACUCCGAAAGAGAACCUAGAAGAGGUAGCCGAAGACACACCCAAGAAGAAGGGCAAAAAGAGCAAGAAGAAGCGCAAGUCUACCGUUUCAUCGCCCGAUCCUCCAGCUGAGCCGGAGAAUGAGUCUGAGACAGCCAAACCCGAAGACCCUGUCCCAGAGAAGGAGCCCGCCCAAACUGCUUCCCCAUCGCAGCCCAAUGACCAGGACACCACAGCUGUUGCUGAAAGUCAGGAUGCUCGCGAGGAACAACCCUCUGAAACUAAAGAGGAAGAAGCCGCGCCCACAGUAGCGGAACACAACUUAAUCAUCCCGGUGGUGGAAAAUUCGAGUCCUGACACCAAGGACGCCGAGCAGCCCUUGCACAUGUCCGAGCUGGAACCGGCUGAACCUAUAUCUAUGCCUGAACCCGAGUCGCAGCCCCUGCCCCAGCCUGAAGUGGAAGGGGAGAAGGAGAAGGAGCCUACGGGCAAAAGGGGCAAGAAAAAGAAGGGGAAGAAGAAGAGCGUCUCCGCCGUCUCGGACGGGGCUGAAGCUGUGACUGCGCCUUCUCCGGACACCGCUGUCGCCGAUGUUUCCAAUGAUGUGGAGACAAGCGCUUCUCCUGAAGCUACUACCCCCGAGGAUAACCAGGAACUUGCUCAAGAGAAAACAACAACUAAAAUUGAGCCUGCUUUGGAUCCCGCCGAUACGUCUCAACAUGAGGAUCUAGGUGUUUCUCCCGAAGCCAAUGUCCCGGAGGAUGUCCAAGAGCCUGCCGAAGAUAAAUCAGUGAAAAUUGAGCCGUCGGCCGAGAAAGUUGUAGAGGGCGAAAAGGACAUUGAGAAUCAGCCUGAAGAGUCUAAAUCGGAAUCCCUGGAACAGCCCCAAGAGCAAUCUGUGGAACAAUCCCAGGAGCAACCUAAUGAAGAGCCCCUCGAACAACCCAAGGAGUCCGAGCCUACCGAAUCCGAGGUCCCCAUGACUGCCGCUCAAAGAAAAAAGGCGAAGAAGCAGAAGAAGAAGAAGGAUCGCCAAUCUGCUUCCCUGGAGACGGGCACGGAGGCGGUCCCCGUUGAGGUCCCUACAGAAACCGAUCUCAGUUCUACGGUGGAGCCGGCUACUGCGCCUACUGGCACUCAAGAGCCUGAAGGUGUACCGGCUGUUUCCGAGGAGGCAUCAGGCGUAGAUGACAAGCAAGAGAAGCAGAUGGGGGACAUUGCGCCUGCUACCGAGGACUCAGAAGGUCUACGAGCUGUUCCAGAUCACUUGCCAAAAUCAGAUGACAAGGCUGUGCAGCCGAAUGAGGAGACGCAUGAAAAUGCGGAAUCGAACAUCCCGACUGAAGAGCCUAUUCCGUCUACCGAGUCUCUGCCUCAGCCCGAGCCUGAGCAGCAAGAAUCCGCAGAUACUAUUGAGGAGGCUACGACUACGAUAAUGCCUACGGAUAAUCAAGAAGAUUCUCGACCUGCACAGGAACAAGCUACGGAGGAGGUGUCUGCUGUAGAGACCCAGGAGCCCAUUUCAGUGCCUGGAGAGUUCCCAGAGACUGCAAACCAGCCUGCCGAUAUCGACCUCAAGGAUGAGGCCGUUGAAGGUGGUGCUGAAAAGGACGAGCCUACAAAGUUGGACCCCGAAGAUUUCGCGGAAGGGGUGUCCAAGGAUGUUGUGUCACCCGCUCAGGAUACCACCGAGGAACAGACACAGGAGGAACCUGUCCAAGAGCCAGCAGCUCAAGAUGAAACUGCCAAGGAGGAGCCAGUCAACGAAUCAGCCCUCGAAGAAUCCGUGCAAGAUCCCGGACCAGCAGAAGAAGUCAAGGACGAGCCGGUUGUUGAUGAGCCCGCACAACAGGAGUCUGUACAGCAGCUGACACAGCUGGAAGAGUUGAAGGAGGAGGCGAUUCAAGAACAAGCUCCAACUGAAAUUGAUCCGAUCAGCGUAGAACCCUCUUCUGAGCAAGCCGACGUCGAAGAGAGCACCACUACCGCUGAAAAGAACGUCCCUGAAUCUACACCAGAGGAGACCCAACCUGAGCCUUCUGCAAAGUCUAAGAAGUCCAAGAAGAAGAAGAAGAAGAGGUCUCAGUCUGGCCAUGUCAUUCCUGAAGAGGCCAAAGAGCCGGUGACAGAGGAACCAAUGGCAGAGAAGCCUGUUCAAGUGAAGUCACCUGAACAGGAACCCGAGAAAGAACCGCUUGUGCAGGAGCCAUCUGAACAGGAGCUAGAGAAGAAGCAGCAGGUACAAGAACCAGCUCCCGAAGCUCCCGAACAGACUUCAGUCGACCCAAUCAGCACCGAAGACUCCGAAAAGGUGCCUGGCGAAGAAGAUACCGCUCCUACUGAGACGGAGAAGGGCAUCACGGUAGCUACACCUGAAGAAACUCAGCCCGAAGAGAUCUCUGCGACUUCCAAGAAGUCCAAGAAAAAGAAAUCGAAAUCGGGACAGGUUACUCCGGAUGAAGUCAAAGAGGCAACCCAAGAGGAGCCCGUGAAGGAAAAGCCAGUGCAGGAACCAGUGCAGGAGCCAGUUCAAGAGCCAGUUCAGGAGCCAGUUGAAGAGCCAGUGCAAGAGGAGCCAAUGCAGGAGGGGCCAGUGCAGGAGACUGCUCAGGAGCAGCUCUCAAAAGACCUGACCAACGCUCCCGAGCAGACCCAAGGCGAAGAAGAUGCCCUUCCUGCCGAGGAAAACGACACGGCAACCGCACCUGCGGAGACCCAGCCUGGAACCCCUCCUUUGUCCAAGAAAGAGAAGAAAAUGAAAAUGAAAAAGUCUCAAUCAGGACAGACUACUCCUAUCAGCGAGGUGGCCCCAGAAAUUGCCCCCGAGGCGUCAUCGGAUGCAAAGCAGGAGCUCUUCGAUGCUCCUGAAGACAAGCAAGAUCCUCCUGUUACUGAUACACACGCACCCGCACCUGAAGGGCUAGACGUUCCUGAAGAAUCGGCGCAAGAGCCCAAAACCGAUGAGCCUCAAGUUGAUGAAGCCAAGACCGAGGAGGAACCGGCGGUCGAAGAACCCAAGGCUGAAGAGCCCAAGGCCCAAGAGCUUAAGGUCGAAGAGGAGCCCGAGGCCCAAGAGGAGACGCUAAUUGGGUCCUCUGAGUCGACUGACCCAGCAACCCCAACCGACUCACAACCUCUCCCCGAUCCAACCGAGUCUACCACCGCUCCCGAAUCCAUUGAAGAGCCCCAGCCCUCCACUAGCAAGAAAAAGAAGGACAAAAAGAAGAAGCGCCAGUCAACUUCAAUUGAUGAGGACCAGCCUGCUCCUACGACCGAAGAAGCGGGUGAAACUCUUUCUGAGAAGCCGCUGGAGCCCGAAUCCGCUCUUGAACCUGCGCAAGAGGCAUCCUCCACCGAUGCCGAAAAGUCUGAAGAGAAGGCGAUGCCCGAAGAUUUCACUCAAGAGUUAAAUGGCGAUGACAACAAGUCUGCAGAGUCCGCGGGCAUUGAAGAGACUGCUAAGAAGCCAGGAGUCGUCGAAUCUCAAGAGACUGUAGAGACUCCCGAAGCUAUACCAGAACUUCGAGAAGGAUCUUCUAAGAAAAAGAAGAAAGACAAGAAGAAACGCAAGUCCGUUAGUUUUGCCGCUGAGGAGUCACUAGCGCAGGAACCUGAACAAUCUACAUCCGAGUCUGCAGAGCCAGCCACAGAGACCAUUGACUCGUCUGACAAGUCCAUUGAGCAAAACCUCGGGGAUUCCGCCUUGCAAGCGAGCCAAGAGAGUCAGGAUGGUGCGCCUACGGAUGAACCUCACCAAAAGAAAUCUCUGUCUAAUGAACCCACCCAAGAUACUGCUGCUGCCUCCGGGUUAGAGAAUGAGAAGUCCAGUGAAGUCUCUGCUCCACAAGAAGAGCAGCCUCAAUCGCAAUUCGACUCUAUAACCGAAGAGCUAGAGCACGUCAUGGAGCCUUCUGAGCCCGUACACAUUCCCACAGUAACAGAAGAAAAAGCACUCGAAGAGGAAAUCCCUGAUGCCACGUCAAAAAAAGACCCUCUCGGUGAUGCUCAAGUGUUCUCUGAGCCUAAGCAGGAGACGCCAGGAAUAGACAUACCCGCUACGGAUAAGACUCAGCAACCGCCCGAUGUUGAAACUCCUCCUGAGCAGACAGCUUUUGGAACAGUGCCUCAGGCUGCAGAAAAUGGGUUAGAGGAAAUGACCCAGACUCCUAAAUCCAAGAAGUCGAAGAAAAAGAAGAGGGCUUCAGGAAUUAGUGAAGAAGCUCCCGCAGAGGCACCAGAACCUAGUAAUGACAAGACUACGGUGGACACGGAGAAGAUUCCUGAUACCCCGGCUUCCGAAGAUAUCGCCGCAGAGCCUGUGGCAGAGCCUGUCGCAAAACCUAUUGCAGAACCUGUUGCAGAGGCUGACGCCGAGCCUGUCACUGAGCCUGAGAAGUCAGAGGACAAUGAAUUCGCAAACAUGUCUGCCAAAGAAAAAAGAAAAGCCAAAAAGAAAAAGAAGGCAUCGGCAGUAAACAAAGAAGCUCCCGCAGAAGUUCCAGGGCACAGCAGCGACAAGACUCCGGUAGAAACAGAGAAGGUUCUUGAUGCCCCAGCCACCGAGGAGAUUGCUACAGAACCUGUUAUAGAGCCUCUUGCAGGAUCUAUCGCCGACCUUACUGCAGAGCCUUUUACCGAGCCUAUUGCCGAGCCUGAAAAGCCUGAGGAUUAUGGGUUCGCAAACAUGUCUGCCAAGGAAAAGAGGAAGGCCAAAAAGAAGAAGGUUUCAGGGGUCGUAGAAGCUCCAGAACCCAGCAGCGAAGAUACACCGGUAGAAACGGAGAAGGUUCCUGAUAUGACGGCUGAGGAGGACAUAAUCACAGGGCCUGCGACAGAGCCUGCCACUGAGCCUACCACUGAGCCUACCACUGAGCCUACCACUGAGCCUACCACUGAGCCUACCACUGAGCCUACCACUGAGCCUGUCGCUGAGCCUGAAAAGUCAGAGGAUGAUGGAUUCGCAAACAUGUCCGCCAAGGAAAAGAAGAAGGCCAAAAAGAAGAAGAAGCGGCAGUCAAAAAGUAUAGAUGUGGGAAUUGACGAGAGUGCGCAUCGAGAAACGAGCGAAGUCGAGACUCCUGCCGAAGCCGAACCCUCAGACCCUUCUCUUGAGAUGGCAACUGCACCUACUGAAGAUGACGGUAAAGACAAUCAGUCCCACGACACCGGCGUACACGGCAAGAACGAUAAAGAUCUGACUUGGACUGAUGACAAAGUAUCUUCGCAGGUAGAGCAACGGUCACCGACUCCACCCGCUGACAGUCCCCAUCCCGUGCCUGAGCCCAACGAUCCCGAUUUGUCAUUUGCGUUGCCCGGUGUUGAGGGGGAAAUUGCUGAUCAAGUUGAUGCGGGUGGGCAAAUUCAACCGUCCACAGAAAAUGAAAAGGAGGAAACUGGUGAGGGAAAGCAGGAAAUCGAACCUACAACGCAUGCCGAGGGCUUCGAAAACAUCGCCAGCGAAACGACUGAGGCGGUAGCACCUACGCAUGAGACAGAAGGAUCCACAGCUGAGCCUACAGUUACAAGGGAACCUGAAGAACAACCGAAACCAGAAACUUCAGAUCAAACCCCGGCGGCGGAGGAAGCUGUACAGGAAGAAAAACUGGACAAAAUUGAGACACUGCCCAUCAUUGGCGAAAAUGAAGACGACUCAGUGGCUAUCUCAACCCCGAAAACUAAGGAAGAUGUUGUUCUCGAACCUACCGGUGAUAAAUCUGUGGGUGAAACGGAAACGACGAGUGAGACCGCCCCACCAAAUACCGAUGCGCUUGAAUCCACCGCGCCGUCAAGAAAAUUGAGCAAAAAAGAGCGGAAGAAGAAGCAGCGCGAGGCGCAGAAGGCAGCAGAUUUGUCUAAGGAAUCGGACACGCAGGGUCUUCCUGAGGUCAAGAGCCAGUCAGCUGCUUCGGCUACUCCUGAGACUGGGGAAGGUGCGGAGACAUUGCCUGAGGCCUCCGUGCAGGAACCAAGAGAAGAGUUGAAACCACAGGAGCACGUCGAGGACCAUCACGUCUCCGUCGAUGACGCUCUUCCCUCCACUAGUGAUCAACUAAUUGAUUCGGCGGCUUCCGAAGACAAGAAAGACACGGAUACUUUCCCCGAAGCUCCCGAACAGGAACCUAAGGAGGAGCAUGUCGUGGAAACAUCUAAGCCAACUUCUACAGAAGUGGAUCUUCCAUCCUCUGAUGCCCAACCAAUCGAUCCGGCGGCUUCUGAUGUCAUAAAUUAUACGGAAACAAUCCCUCGAGCACCUGGGCCGGAGCCGGACAAGGAGAAGCACUCAGAAGUACAGCCUGGCUCUACAGAGAGCAAGGUGGAACCCGAAACAGCCAUGGAGGCGCCUGAGACGGGUGCGAAUGAAGUGCCUUUAGUCUCGAACUCUACUACCGCUAAGGAGCCUCGGAAAGGUCAUAUGAAAAAGGCCCUAACUCCAGAGCCUACAGAUAUGGAGAUUCUCCCUAAGAACAACAAUGAGGACUCCAAGGCCAUCACUUCACAAUAUGACAGGAACGAAGAUAACGAGGCUACCCAGGAGGAAACAAGGGAACUUCCACGAAUCGAAGAUGUGUCAGCACAGGUCGAAACUGCGGUUGACGAGGGAAACCCCAUGCAAAUUGAGACGGAAUCCGCCGAGCACAUGCAAUCACCUGAGGCGGACCGUGGACUGCUCUCCGAAGAUAAACAACCCAUCCUGGACGAGACGAUCACUUCGCCUGAAGGGGCAUCUGAUGAGCAGCCACAGCAAGUCACAGAUGACCAACUUCCCGAAGAAAGUGCCCCGGUGGAGCAGUUAAGCCGGAAGGAGUCUAAGAAAAAGAAAAAGAAGGCGAAGAAGGACAGCAAGAAACAGUCUGAGGAUGUUCUUUCUCCUUCUACUCCUGUUCCCGCUGAAACCAAGGAGGAAACCACAGCAGAGACUACUACGACGGGGGCAUCUCCUGAAACCGACCUACCUGUUGAAGAACCAACGCCGGAACCGAAGGAGAUAUCUGAAUCUGAAGUGCCUCUAGAGGGUCCCACGGCGGAGCCUCGAGAUUCUGAGUCAAGUUUAGAAGCUCCUAUUAGGGCACCUCUUCCAACAGGCGAGAAAACCCAAGAGAUGCCCGCAGAUAUUCCAGGCCAAGCUGUUCGUGAGCCCGUUGAGGAGCAACACGAGUCGGCGUCUCGGGGAGAGGAGGGACUGAAGGAUGACGAAAAACCGGUGCCUGUAGAGAGCGAAGCUGCUGGUAAAGUUGAUCUCGGUCCCGUUGAAGGGCAUGGGGUUGGUGACGAUUCCGAAAACGUCGAACCUGCAGAGCCUCUCUCCAGGAAGCAGUCGAAGAAGGAUAAGAGAAAGGCGAAGAAGAAGGCCAAGCAAGAGGUUGAUGAGACUGCGCCGCAGUCGGAGCCAGUUCCAGAGGCUCCUAAAGAAUCUACUGAAGAGCAACAGCCUAAGCCCGAGUCCGAGGCGGUUCCAGUGGUUCCUAAAGAUAUUUUCGAAGAGCAGCCUAUCGCUACAGAAACACCAGUGGAGCAAACGAAGUCGCAGGAGUCGGAGCAGCCUGUUCCUGAGUCCGAACUGGCCCUUGAGGCUCCACGGGAAAUUAACGAAGAGCAGCCUACCGUCAACAAAGCACUUGUGGGGAAUGUGAAGCCCCAGGAAGAAGACCAGCCUGAGCCUUGGACAUUUGUGGAGGCUACGAAAGGAGUUACUGAAGAACAAACUCCCACCCCGGAAACAGGAUUAGAGGAAAGGUCACAAGAAGCAGAACUCCCCGAACCUGAGGCAGCUGUGGAAACUACUUGGGAGAUUGUUCAAGAGUAUGAAACGCCGAAGGAUUUGAGGAAGAUGAGAGAUGAGCAACCGGGGCCCGAACCAGUUCUGGAUGCUACGAAAGAACUUACUGGGGAACAGUCUGUCGUUCCGGAAACAGCGACAGAGGAGGAAAAGCCACAGGAGACAGAACACCGCCAGCUUGAGUCAGUCUCAGAGGCUCCCAAGGAAACUGUCGAAGAGAAGUUUGCCACCACGGAGACAUCAACUCAGGAUCCGGCACUAGGAGCUAUCGAAGAUACCAACUUGGACGAGAACCCUGCUUCGAGGAAAUUGUCUAAAAAAGAGAAAAAGAAGAAGCGCAAGACAAAACAGAGCCAGGAGGCCACAUCAUCGGAACCCGGUGCUCCCAGCGAGCCUGCAACCGAUCUCGUCUCUAAACCGUUCCGUGCACCGGAAGAAUCGGAGACUUCAGACCCAAGAUACUAUGCCCUUGAUGAUGACUUUUUGCCGUCCAUUGAUUGGGAGAAAGGUAAGAUCGAUUCCAACGAACCAUCUCCCCAGUCGUCGCCUGAGACUCGACCUGUUCCAUUUGAGCCAGGCAUUGCUCCAUUCGACGAAUCUGCUAUUCCAGAAGGUCUAACCGUACGAUUAGACAACUUGGUUGCUGCAAAGGGAACGAGGGAAGCGCCAAGAGGUUUGGGACAUGGAGCGAUGAGCUCGAUCCCAGAAAAGCGAAGCAAGGAAGAUCUUGGUGUUUUGCCACACAGGCAACCCAAAGUCACCAGCGUGUUCCCCGACUUUGAACAAGGCUCAUUCCGACUUCCCCCGCCCAUUCAAUUGUCCCAGCCAGUAAAAGAUGAGGCCGAGGAUGAGACCGUCGCCCACAAGCAGGUCUCGGAGGCGUCCAUUCCCACUGCCGACGACAAAGUUAGCGCCCACGCCCAGGAGGAUACUACCUCCCGGGAUCUACAGAUUGAUAGUACAGACCAUGGGCUCUCGGAGGAUCCUACUCGCGACGAUUAUCAAUCUGCUACCAUCGAAAAACCCUCCGUUGAUUUCGAGACCGAGAAUCCAGGCCAAAAAGCCGAAGAAAGCUCUCGUUCAAUCGCGACGCAACCCUCGAUCGAGAAGAAAAUCGGCGCUGUGGAAACCAACCAGCCCGAAGGAGACGUCUCGGAUCCGUUCACCAGCAGCAAGACUCCUUUGUUUGCACCGAAGCCCGUCCAUGAGAUCCCUUCCUCUAUCUUCGGUCCCACCGAUGUAGAGCGACGACUUCCUAGCCCUGAAACCUGCGAGCUUCGACGCAGUCCAUCCAUUCACGGGCGACCCAACCAUCCUCCUCGAUCAUGGUCUCUGGAGGAUGCUGCUCCCAUUGCAGAUCCUAGAACAUCGUCGCCUUCCGGUUUCGGUGGACAGCUAGGAGCCAGCAACGACAUGGGGUCCCCUCCGCGGACCCCCUUGCAGACAAUUACCGAACAAGAGCCAAGGGAAGGCAGCCGCGGCAGGGGCGCCAUAGCCUCUGAGCGCGGCACGCCUCGUCUAGAGAUGAAGCCAGAGCAUAUUCUCCCCCGACCCGAAACUCCGGUCCGCAAGUUUACAGACAACGCGCUCUCCCGCCAGGCGUGGCCUACGCCAGAGAGGGAUACGCCUACCAGCGAAGAUAGGGGGGAUAUGAGCGUGAGAAAAGCGCGACAGACAGGCAAGAAAUUCUCAGCGGAAGUAUUACAGACCCCGGAGCAAGGCAUGCCGAUCCUGAGGCCCACCGACAGCGUGAACAGCCUUCGGAGCGCGCAGAGCCAGCGAUCGCUGCGACGAAUGACCCGAAGCACUAGCGGCGAUUUGCGGGCGGCGGCCAACCAACCGGCGGGAAGUCCCCAGCCUCCCGCAGCCGCUUCGCCCCCUCUUCCGUCCGACGUGAACUUCGAGCGCAUCGCUUCCUCUUCUUCCUACGACCCGGUCACGGACAAGGGCAAGCGCCCCCUACGAACCAUGACAGAUGUCUUUGAGGGAUGGGGGGAGACGCCGAGCUCGCCCCGGUCGCCUAGCCGACCGCCCAGCGUCCGGCACCGUCGCAGCAUGCAACACCUCCAAGAACUCGAAUCUCGUCUCGAUCAACUCGUCUCCGAAAAUCGCCUUCUCUUAGCCGCGCGGGAAUCGGCCGAGGAAAAAUUACAGAAAACUAGUGUCGCCCGUCGCAGGAGUGACCGUGCCCUCGACACACGCGAUGCUGACCUACGGGACAGGGAAGCCGAGGUGGAACAGCUCAAGAGCUCGGUGGACUGGCUUCAGAAGGAAGUCUCUCGAUUGAACCAGGAAAAUGAAGGGCUGACCUCCUCCAAUUCUCACCUCGUCGCCCUCCAUGAGACCGAAAUUCAGACGGUGCGAGAAUCAUCCAUCCGCGAACUGGACGACUUGCGCCUACAAAAUCGACAGCUAUCGAAGAACAUGCAAGACAAGAUACGACAAGAAGUCGAUGCUGCAUUGGCCCAGAAAAACAUGGAGCUGCGCCGAUUACGUGAGGAACUCGAGAAUGCGCGCGACAAAGUGAAAGAGUUACAGCAACAGAUCGCCGCGUCGAUGAACGAAAACGUCCUAGUCUUCCGCGACGAAGACUACUUCGAUGCCGCCUGCCAGAAGUUGUGCGGCCACGUGCAACAAUGGGUACUACGAUUCUCCAAGCACUCCGACCAUCGCCGCUGCCGCAAGCUUGGUGACCUACAAGACGAGAAGAUUGCCGACCGAUUUGACAACGCUAUUCUGGACGGCUCGGAUGUCGAUGCAUACCUUGCCGAUCGGGUCCGACGACGCGACGUAUUCAUGUCUGUUGUAAUGACAAUGGUGUGGGAGUUUGUCUUCACGCGGUACCUAUUCGGCAUGGAUCGGGAACAGCGACAAAAGCUCAAGUCCCUGGAGAAACAACUGACCGAGGUUGGUAAGCGCGGCGCUAUUCACCGAUGGCGUGCCACCACCCUCACCCUCCUGUCGAAGCGUCCUACCUUUUCUCGCCAGCGCGACAACGACACCGAAGCUGUCGCGUUGGAGAUCUUCGAUACCUUGUCGCGUCUACUGCCCCCGCCCACAAACGUGGAACCUCAACUCCUUGACUCGCUGCGGAAGGUGCUCCGGGUGGCAGUUAACCUGUCCAUUGAGAUGCGCACGCAGCUCGCCGAAUAUAUCAUGCUGCCUCCGCUGCAACCCGACUACGACACGAACGGCGACCUCGCCCGACAAGUUUUCUUCAAUGCAUCUCUUAUGAACGAGCGCAGCGGGGAGACCACUUCGAACGAGGAAUUGGAAUCCCAACAAGCCGUGGUCCGGGUUGUCCUGUUCCCCCUAGUGGUGAAGAAGGGCAACGAUACGGGCGACGGUGAAGACGAGGUGGUGGUCUGCCCAGCACAAGUGCUUACUGCGCGCCCAUUCAAAGAUAAAAGGGUGUCAAAGAUGAUGAGUGGGGACCGCAUGUCCCUGGAUGCCAACAAAUCCGUUCACAGUGUGGCCCCGUCAUCUAAUAUGGACAUGAGCAAUGCGAUCUGA